UCCGCGAUUCCAAACGAGGUGGUACUCUCGUUCAUUUCUCGUCGGUUUAAAUCACACGAGUACCGCAAGUUUUCAAAACUCUCGGUUAGUAAAACCGCAAAUUUUUUUUUUUAAUUUCAAUUUUUUUGUUGCAAAACAAUAUUCACAGAGUGAUAAAAAAAAAAAAUAAAUCGCGAGUGAAUGUUAGUUACUAAUUGAAAAAAAAAAAAAAAUGAAACCCAAAGGACGACGCUGAUCGUAUUUUUUUUUUAAAUUUAAUUUGUCAUGCCGAGGAGACACAGAUCUCCUCUAAAUAAGUGUUGAUCAAUUGUUAUACAGUGAUUCCAAGGAAUUGAUAUAGGUAUAAUUUUUGCAAAAGUGGAUAUUUUUUUUUUUUCAAAAAAAAAAAAGUAAAGGAGUAAUAACGAUCAGUGGAAAGUGUUCCCAAAGGGGAGUUGAGUGAACAAAAAGCUUUCGUCGCACCUUAAGCGUCGGAGCUCUCGCGCGACGCGAGAUUCAUGCGGUCAGCAUCCAGAUCCUGAAGGAUCAACCAGAGGGAAGUAAAAAACGAACUUUUUUUUUUGGGAAAUGAAAAGAAGAGCACAAACUGGCAGAGGCACAAUCGACAAAUGGUCCAAAUGGCAAAGGAAUUAAAUUACCAAAAAACCAAUGUUUUUGAUUGGAUAAUUUGGAUAUAGGAUAGAAAUUAAUUGGAGUAUCAAGAAAAUUUGAUUUUGGAUACAGUGUUCUGAAAUUUUUGGCUGCCGAACAUGCAAGGGAUUUAAUAAGUGUGAUGUUGAUAAUUUCGGGGGAAAUUUAAACCGAAAUUGAUUUAGUGAUUUUUUUUUUUUUUGUGGAUGUAGAUGUGUCGUGAAAAGUGGUGGACGACAACGUCGAAAGUGGUGUGUGGAUUAAUUAUUAUUGAAGGCCGUGAUACAGGCGUUGGUGUUUGCACUCGUCCUGUUUAUUACGAUGAUUUCCACGUCUUUUGUGACCCUUGUGUUCCUAGUGUGCCUUCAAACGGUUCUACUCUCCACCGUGAGCAACUGUGCGAAAACAAUCAGCAUGCACUGGAACACAACAAAUUCCAUAUUUCGGAUAGACAACACAGACCACAUAAUAGACGUGAACAAAAACAAUGCAGCGUUCGAGUACGAUCAAGUGAAUAUAAUAUGUCCUGUAUAUCAACCAGGAACGUACGAUGACGAUGCUGAGAAGUACAUUAUUUAUAAUGUGUCGAAGGAGGAAUAUGAAACGUGUCGGAUAACGAACGCAAGUCCGAGGGUAAUAGCAAUUUGCGACAAGCCAUUCAAGACAAUGUAUUUCACCAUUACCUUUAGGCCAUUUACACCGCAACCAGGAGGCCUCGAAUUCCUUCCUGGCCACGAUUACUAUUUUAUCAGCACAUCCUCCAAGGACGAUUUACAUAGGCGCAUCGGAGGACGAUGCACAACCCACAACAUGAAGGUUGUUUUCAAGGUCUGCUGCAAUAAUGACGCAGACACAUCAUCCUCGUCGGCUACCUCACGCAACAACUCCGUUGCAGUAACGAGCAGCACUGUUUCAAGCAGCAGCUCGACAAGCACAGCAGUUUUGGGUGGUAGUGGAGCGGGAUUGCCACCACCACCACCAAGUGUUCACAAAGGAGGAGAUCGAUUCUAUCCCGGAGGCAACAUCCAUCAUCAUCAUCAGCCAGCCACGGUGUCGCCUACCCUCACCCACAUGCCCCCUCCAGUAAUCUAUCCAUCGCAUCCCCAUCAAGUUCCACAAACACCGAUCUACAAUGGAUCGCCAUCCUCAUCACCACCUAAGACUUCGAUCACUCAAAAGAAGAAGAACAAAGAAUACUCUGAUCACCCGAACGAAGUGGUGAAAAACGAAGAGCUCACAUACAACAGUGGGAGUACGAGUAUGAGACACAAUCGUUUGCAACGGGUACUGUACUUGUUAUCAGGAACACUUUUGGUCACUCUACUAUUGCCCAAUAUGCUACGGUGAAGCGACUGCCGACCGAUUUCAAGUGUCAAACCCCUUCUUCUGUGAUUAUCCUACGUUUAAUUAAUUUCCGCGAACGUGAUAAACGAAUCGCGGGGACGUCAAAAAUGUUCGUUUAAAAAAAAAAAAUAUAUAUAUAUAUAUAGGUGAAUCGUGUGCGCGCCUCCAAAAAAAAAAAAAAGUGAAACCGACGUCGAAAGAGGAUGCGUCGAAAAUAAAAAACGAGCAACAAGCCAUAUUACAAUUAAACGAAAAAAAAAGAAAGAAAAAUGUAAAAAGAAAACGAAAAAUACUAUUUACUAGGUACUAUAUAAAUCAUAUAGUACGCCCACUAAUAUCACUACUAUAAAGCAGUAGUCGUAUAUUGGUUGUCCUUCAUUAUCAUUACGCUAAUUCUAGGUAUUUAUUCAAAAAUACAAGAUCGAGCGUUUUGCGUGCUAAGUAUCCUCGAGCGACGACGGAACACGACAAAAUAUUCAAUUUAAAUUAUAUAGAAAGAGAAGGCUCGAAACCACCAAGUCGGCGCAUGGCUCUUCCGCAAAAGACUGACAACGACUGAGGCGUGUGUGCAUUCCAUCCUCGUUCGUAUAUAUAAAUAUAUAUAUAUAUAUAUAAAUAUAUUCUUCAUGUAAUAUCGCCUACAUGUAGUUUGAGGCUGAAAUCUCGUUGACAUUUAAUAAUAUUCUCCUUAAGGCCUACCAAAUUAUUUUCUUUUUUUUUUUUUUUUUAUUUUCAAUUGUAACACGUAUUUGGAGUAAUCGACUUUUUUUUUAUUUCUUCUUCUAAAAAGAUGAAACAAACUUUGUACAAAGUUUAUUAUUUUGUUUCUUUCUCCCCUCCCCUAAAAAAAAAUUUCAAAAACAGUAACCUGAAUCCGAAAAAAAAUUGUAAAUUAAACUUUUGUGCGUAUUUUUUAAUUUUUUGGAUGAAGGUAAUAUGAAAUACUGUCAGAGAACUUUAUUAUUAUAGAUCAAAGAAAAAAAAGUCGAUUUCUGACAAAUACAUUUCACAAAAGACUGUAAAUGUUAAAUUUUUAAAUGUAGUGAGAAGUUUUGUAUAAUGUCUAAAAUGAAGGGUCGUGCGCACGACGCGCGGGUCGCGACAAGAUAAUUAGCACGCGUGUAAAUAAAAUUCUAACGAAUAAUAAACAACGGGAUCCUGCGAUGAAAAAAAAAACCGUGAUCUAAGAGAGUGCGAAUAUAUAGACAAAUCUUAUUUAAAAAAAAGAAAGAAAAGAAAAGAAGAAAAAAUGGAUAUGCGUAUAACAAACACUGUCCACGUGAUAGCCGUCGAAUUUUUUUCAAAAUUAUAUAUAUAUACAUAUAUAUGAAAAUAAUUCGCUUUUUGGAAAAAUGGUACGAAAUCCGCGACUGUCAAUUUCACAAUAUUUCUUUCUUUUUUUUUUUGGUUUUGUUUAUUUUGUGUUUGAAAUGUAUGAAUGAAUGUGCGAUAAAAAAAAAGAUUGAGAAAUUAUUGAGCGUAAAAUGUGUGAGUAAAAAAAAAAACGAGACAAUUUGUAUUAUAGUUGUAAUAUACUGAACUCUAUCUAUAGAUUUGUAUUAUAUUUAUUAUCUAUUAUUAUUGUAAUGCGAAUAUUCACUCGAUAUUCUAUAAUAUUAUUAGUAAAAUAUCAAAUUUAAUAGCGAAUUAUUACAAUACGGCGAAGGAACGGAACGUCGACGUCUCCAGCCGUUUUGUUCAAUUUUUUUUUCUUUCUCAAACUAUAUACUUUAUAUACAACCAACGAGGCAUUUACCGAUACGUUAUUUUGCGAAUUGGCCCUUUUGUUAUUUUCUGUCUUCUUUUUGUUAUUUAUUUAUUUGUCAACGAUAUUGCAUUCAUAUUUUCGUUGUGUAUUAUAUGAUUUGCAUUUAACAAAGACUCAUAAUGAACGCGUGCACGAAGAAUUUCGAGAAAAAAAGAAAUAUACUAAAAAGAAAAUUUCAAUACACGAAAAUUAUAAAAAAUUCUUUGGCGAAAAAUAUUAUUAAAAAAAAAGUUCGACUUAUUUUUAAUUUCAUGACUUAAAAUUUUUUAUCAUAUAUUUGACUCUAAAAAAUUGAUAUUUAUAAAAUAUUAAAUUUUUUGCCAAAAUAAUUCAAUAAAAUACAACUUAAUUCUCUUCAUUAAAUUAUAUAAAAUGCAAAAGAAAAUAAAAAAAAAAAUUACCGUGAUGCGAUUUGAGCGAAAAAGAAAAAUUUCUAUCUUAUUGAAAAAAAAAGAAUCGACGCAUUUAUUGGAGCAAAUUUAAUGUAAAUACGAAUGUGUACCCGAGCUCCGGAAUUUAGAUGAAUCCCCUGCACAUUAAAAAUGUUUUCUCAUAGUCAAUCAAUAAAUCAAUCAAUCAUCAGUUUCAUGCACUCACAGUUUGCAAACACAAAAUAAUCAUAAAUUGUUUUCUAAAUAAAACAAAAUAUGUUCAACGAAAUAUGACGAAAAAAGAGAAAAAAAAAUGCGUUUAUCGUAUUAUCGCAGUAUUGUAAGUCUAAGUAUUUUGCCUGCUUCUCGCUCCCGUCUAUAUUUUUUGUUUUUUCCGCAUAAUGAUAAAAAAAAAACGCCAGACACGCCAAUAUAGUGGACUGACAAUUUAUUUACACAAUUUUCACACUUUAUUAUUAAAUCACGAUAAACUUUCUCGAUUCCCAAACGUCUUCUAGUCAUGUAUUUUGUAAAGAGAUAAAUAAUAAAUAUGUACGAUACGAUUUUGCAUAAUGACAUAUAUAUAUAUAUGUAUUGCCUGUUGCAAAGUGUCAAAUAUUGCAAUACAAUUAAGAAACAAUAUCAAUCCAGAGAGAGAUGAAAAUUAUUUCGUAUUUACUUCUUUGUACGAUAGAUUUAUAUUUUGUGUGAAAGUCAUAUUUUUAGUUUUACAGUUGCGAAUCUAUUGUCAAUAAUCGAAUUUUUUGCUACAUUUUUUUUUUCAAGAAAGAAAAACAAAAAAAAGAUUUUGUUUUUUUUUUAAAGAAAGAACAUUUUUUAAAAGAGAAAAAUAAAUGAAGAAAAUGAAUGUUUCUUUAAAGGGAAAUGAACAUUUUUUUUAAGAAAUUAAUUUCUUUUCAAUUUUUUUUUAAAUUAAAUAGAAUUUUUGUCAAAAGAAAUUAACUUCAUUCUUAAAAGAAAAAAAAAAAAAAGUAAAUUAUUUCUUAACAAAAUAAAUAAGGAAAAAAAAUGUGGAAAUAAUUAAGUUUUGCACAGAACUCAAAACUGAAAAAAUGACUUUCCAAAAAAAAAAAAAUGUUGAAGAUUGUAAUUUAUAUAAAGGAGCUGUGUACUCCAACACUGACUUACUUUGCCGGGAAUACGAGGAUAGUUUAUGGGAUUUAAUUUGUCUGCAAAAUAAUUGUAAAACAAUCCACUAUGAUGAUUUUGUUAAAGACCACGAAAAAUCUUGUUUAAUUACUACUACGUUUAGAUAAUGAAACACGUAGCGAUGCAGCAGAGGUACAUAAAGCAAAAAAAAAAAGAAAAAAAAAAAAAGUGUGAAUGGUGUUCAUUCAUACGGACACUAUAGGCAAAUACAGUAUAACAAAUAAUUUAGGCUCGAAUUAUUAUUGAUAGAAAAUAGACAAGGUCAUUUCACUGCAUUUUAUUUUUUAUUUUACUUCCAAUUCUCAUUCCGACGAGGCGUGGUUCAUUUUUCUUUUUUUUUUUUUCAUUCGACUCAUUUCCACAGUCUCGAAUAUUUCCGAAAAAAAAAAUUCUUACUCACACUCGCAAGCAAUAGUUGUGACAUUUUUUGAUUUUAAUUUAAUAAAUUCUAGUAUUAAGAAUAGUUUAUCAAUAUGAAACAAACGAAUAAAAAAUGUCACGAAAUUGUUUAAUGUCAACAAAAAAUUGCCUACGAGUGUGAAUUAUACGUACGCUCAUUAUUGUAAAUAUUUUUGUGAGAUAUUUCCGGGUUUAAAAAAAAAAAACGGUCAAUAAACUAAUUAUUAUUUUUAAAAAUCAGAGGUAAAUAAUAUUUGUGGCUCAGUCCACGCCUCGACCUAAAAAUCCUAUCCCAAUCUCUAUAAAUCCUAUUUUUUUUGCUGCUUUUUGACAUUUCGUUUUAGUUUUCAAUUUAUGGAUUUUAUUGCAUCUCUAAGUGUCUUUGUUUUGUCACCACAUUCAUCACUGAAUACACAAAAAAAAUAUAUAUAUAUAAUAUAUAUUUUUUUUCCCUGACAACGUUGGAUUACCAUCGCAGCGACACUUGAAACAUCAGUGCGCUAUUCAAUUUAUAUAUAUAUAUAGAAAAAGAAAGCAGAGGAUUCGUAGAUGAUUUGUAAAUAAAACGAUGAAUAACUCUAUUAAAAAAAAAAGAAGAGAAAACAAAAAACAAAAACACGAUAUUAAAUACAUAAUAGAUACGAGAUAGGUUUCUAAUAACGAUUUAUUAUAAAAGUGAAUGUACGUUGAUGUCUAAGAUUUUUAAAAAUGGAAACACAAAGUGAUUAAUUAUUAACUAUAUGAUUAUUAUUCGUAAACAAUACAAUUGUACUAAGUAAAAUGAGAACGUCGAGUACAGCCACACUUAGCCAGGUCAUGAAUUCUCUCACGUUGAAAUAAUAUUAUUUUAUUAUAACCGGUAAUCACACCACAUUCGUGUUUAUGAUCGUGGAUUACGCGCAGCCCGCACUCAUUCCAUAUAUUUAAAUUUGUUUUUGGCAACGAUUAUUUGUUCUUCUUUAUAUAGAGUCAUAAAUAUUAAAAUUUAAUAUCAUUGCUUUUGCAAAUAAACAUUUUUCAAUUUAUUAUUAUUAAACGCGAGAUGAUUUUCGCAUAAAAUAACUAAUCUAAAAUCAUUUUUAAAUGUAUUUAGAAAAUAAUUAAUAUUUUUAAUUUGAUUUAUAAAAUUUAUUUAUAAAAUUUAUUUAUAAAAUUGUAAAAUGAAAGUAUUAGAUUAGUAUACUAGUGAUUAAAUUAAUAUUUCAAAAAAAAAUUCUUGUCUUAUCUCAUCUCUUUUGGUUUUUCAAAAUUAAAAAAAAUUUCAUUAAAUUUCAAUUUGUCAUAAAAUUAGAUUUUCUUAAUUAAUGGCUCUCAGUGUGUGUGUGUGUACAAAACCCUCGAGCGUAAUGGAAAAUUUCAUUAGUCUCUUGCUCUAGUGAGCAGAACCAAAAGUUUUAAAAAUAUUUUCUAAAUUUUGAAUUAUUAGAGUAUAAAAUUUUCAAUGUAGAAAAAGUUUUAAUUGAACAAAAAAUAAAAUCGAUUUUAUAAAUUUAACAAGAAAAUUCUACAAACUAUUUUAAUUUUUUUUUUCUUUUAUCAUUGAAAAUUUUAAUAUAUUUUUUUUUUUUUAUUAAUAAUUAUAAUAAAUAAUAAAUUUCAAAUUUUCUAUUUUAAUUGUGAAAAAAAUUUAUUUUUAUUUUUUUAAAAAUUUCAUUAUUUUAAAACAAGAAUUUAUUUUUGGGUUAGUGAACUUUCGAUGGAAAUGAUUAAUUUGCCUUAAUAAAUUCCAUGGACUUGAUGUGCAAUUUUUUCGAGUAAAAUUUACAAAUGCAGAGGGUUUUCUGAGUUUAUUACAUUCGUAGAAUCUCCAGAGAAAGAGAAAGAGUGCAGGCUGUGUGUAAUUCCAUAAAAACGAACUUCAUAGAGUUUGCGUGUGCCCACGUAAGCACAUACAUACAGUUAAAUUAUGCCGUUCAUUCAAUACAUACAAUGCAAAGUAGUGUAGAGUUCAUAAAGGUAGUCCAUUGUAGCGAAAUAGCUUUAAACGAGAAAAAAAACAGGAAAACAAACAUAAUCAACAAAAAAAAAAAAAUUUUGCCGAUAAUCUUAUACACAUAAUACGUUAAUAUUACUAUUCUCAAGCAGACAGGCAUGACAGACGUACUUCUCAUGGUACACUAAUUUUUUUUUUGUCCAAAGAAAAAAAAGAAUUUUGAAAAUUUAUUAACUCUAUCAUAAUUAUGUUUUCAAAGAGUGCAACCAGCACAAUAAUACGUGUAUUUUUCAGGGAUAAUUUUUUUUUUUUUUUUUUCUUUUUGAAAUUCGAAAAAUCACCGACGUUACACAAACAUUGUAGGUAUAUAUUGUACAUGUAUAUCGAUAUAAUAAUUAUAUCGAUAGAAACGAAAGUAAAAAGCCGGAUAUAUUAAUGGUACAUUAUGGGUUUGAAAGUACCUAACAUAAAAUCGUCUUUGUAAGUACAAAAGAUAUUUCAAGAAACGAAAAAUAUCCACGAGUUUUUGAUGUCGAAAAAAAUUUACAAAAUUUUAUUUUAUCAAUCAAAAAUAGGGGAAAAAUGGAUUUCAUGUGCUGUCGCUCUUAAAAUAAUUUUCUUUUUAAAUUUAUUAUUGAAUUAUGUUUCGUAUUUUUUUUUUUUACACAAGAUUUAGAAUAUUAAAUUAAUAUUAAAAGUAAUUAUAUUAAUUACAUAAUACAUUAAAAUGCAAAUGUGUUUUUUCUACUUUUGUACUCACAAAGAAAUUAUUUCGUGAAGACAAAAAAAAAACGCGUGACUUUAAAAAUAAAAGCCAUUUUGAAAUUUAGGUGAUAUUUGUAAUUCCUAAAGAGUGAAAACAUUGUAUAAAAAAGAGACAUUCGACUUUGUAAAAUUUUCUUUUUAAUAAAAUUUGAAAAUAUUUUAUGACAAAAAGACAAAUUUAUUGUGAAAAUAAAUUUCAAUAUUUUCAUUAAUAAAAUUUAUCCCUUGGCCUAAAAAAAAUGUGUUUUUAAUGUAUAUUUAAAAUUGAAGGUGCUAUUUAGACUUUCAAUAUUAUAUUUUUGUUAAUUUUCAAUUUUUUAGUAAUAAAAACUCAUUAACGACUUUCUUUGAUACAAAUUAAUAUUUUUAAGAAUAAAUUUAAUAUUUUAAAUGUCAAAUAAUUUUUACAUUUUGUAUAUAAAAAAAAAAUUUAAUUCUAAGAGCGACACCAUGAAAAAAAAAUCAAGUUUCUGUGAGAAGCGGAAAAAGAUUGUUAAAUUAAAUAAAAAAUACCUGUCAAUUUCAUUAAUUACUACUUUUAAAUGCCUAUAUAACAAUUGUUUUUUCUCAGCGAUUAUAUAACUUCUGUGACAUUCAUUCAGGAAACAAUUUCUUUUUUUCAUUUUCAACUCAUUAGUAUAAAAACUUUUGAACAAAAAGAGAGGCAAGAAAGUGACUUUCCAUUUUGAAUGAUGAAAAAAAUGAUCGAAUUCGACAAAGACAAUUAAUAAAUAAUAACAAUUUUAUUUCAAAAAAAAAAUUUGAAAUCUGACAAAAAGAGAGGAAACUAACAAAAUUUUUAAUUUUCAUCUUGAAGAAGAAAUAAAUAUCCGCAGAAUUUGGUUACGAAAAAAAGGCCUACACUUGUUUUAAAAACACAAAAAAAGCACCGAGUAGCAUAAUAAUAAUCUUCAUUCAUUCUUGUAAUAAUUGUUAAAGUGACUAACAAAAAAAACUGAAAAUAAAUCCGUUUGGUGGUAUUAAAAAAAAAAAAAAAGAAAAAAAAA